UUCGUUCAGUUCAAACGACAGCGCCGCGUCAGACAGACGCGGCUCAAGUGCCGGUUUUAAACUACCCCCUUUUAAGAAUAUUAUACACAAAGUGCUUGUGAUCUUAUCCGCUGUGUGUGUGUGAUCAUAACUAUCAAAAUGGUUGCCGGAGGAAAACAGAUGAACGUCCGCGUGACGACGAUGGACGCGGAACUCGAGUUCGCGAUCCAGCAGACGACCACCGGGAAGCAACUCUUCGAUCAAGUUGUGAAGACGAUCGGCCUCCGCGAGGUGUGGUUCUUCGGUCUUCAGUACACCGACUCCAAGGGCGACCUCACUUGGAUCAAGUUGUACAAGAAGGUGAUGCAACAAGACGUCAAGAAAGAGAAUCCACUGCAGUUCAAAUUCCGAGCCAAAUUCUAUCCUGAGGAUGUCGCCGAUGAGCUCAUACAGGAGAUCACAUUGAAACUCUUCUAUCUACAGGUGAAAAACGCGAUUUUAUCCGAUGAAAUAUACUGCCCUCCGGAGACCUCGGUGUUGUUGGCUUCGUACGCGGUCCAAGCCAGACACGGAGAACACAAUCCCGCUCUGCACGGGCCGGGAUUCCUGGCCAAUGACCGUUUACUUCCUCAAAGAGUGACCGACCAACACAAGAUGUCCCGCGAGGAAUGGGAGCAGAGCAUCACGAACUGGUGGCAGGAACACCGCGAGAUGCUCCGCGAAGACGCCAUGAUGGAGUACCUGAAGAUCGCUCAGGACCUGGAGAUGUACGGCGUCAACUACUUCGAGAUCCGCAACAAGAAAAACACAGAGCUAUGGCUCGGUGUUGAUGCCCUCGGGCUCAAUAUCUAUGAGAAGGAUGACAAAUUGACCCCGAAAAUCGGCUUCCCCUGGUCUGAAAUCCGGAACAUCUCGUUCAACGACCGCAAGUUCAUCAUCAAGCCGAUCGACAAGAAGGCGCCCGACUUCGUGUUCUUCGCGCCGCGCGUCCGCGUCAACAAGCGCAUCCUCGCGCUGUGCAUGGGCAACCACGAGCUGUACAUGCGCCGCCGCAAGCCCGACACCAUCGACGUGCAGCAGAUGAAGGCGCAGGCGCGAGAGGAGAAGCUCGCCAAGCAGGCGCAGAGAAAGAAGCUGCAGCUGGAGAUAGCCGCGCGGGAGCGUGCCGAGAAGAAGCAACAAGAGUACGAAGACCGGCUGCGGCAGAUGCAGGAGGAGAUGGAGCGGUCACAGGCCAACUUGCUCGAGGCCCAGGACAUGAUCCGGCGCUUGGAAGAACAGCUCAAGCAGCUGCAGGCCGCCAAGGAGGAGCUGGAGCGGAGACAGGGAGAGCUGCACGACAUGAUGCAGAGACUCGAGGAGACCAAGAAUAUGGAAGCAGCAGAACGUGCCAAGUUAGAAGAGGAAAUCCGCACUAAACAAGAGGAAGUACAACGCAUACAAACCGAAGUCGAGCUCAAGGACUCGGAGACGCGGCGCCUGCAAGACGAGGUGGAGGAGGCCCGGCGCAAGCAGGACGAGGCCGCGGCGCUCCUGGCGGCCGCCACCACCCCGCAGCACCACCACGUGGCCGAGGACGGCGGGGUGGACGACGGCUCCGACCACGGCGAGGAGUCCGGCGGCGGAGACCUGCACCAGGCGCCCGACGACCUCGUCGACCCGGUCGAGGCCAGGACCACCUUGGCCGAGAAGAACGAGCGGCUACACAACCAGCUCAAGGCGCUGAAACAAGACCUCGCGCAGUCCCGCGACGAAACUAAAGAGACGGCCAUGGACAAGAUCCACCGCGAGAACGUCCGCCAGGGACGAGACAAGUACAAGACGCUCCGCGAGAUCCGCAAGGGCAACACCAAACGUCGCGUCGACCAGUUCGAGAACAUGUAACUUAACGUCGCCGGCGCUGACUGUAGGGAGCUGACCUGCACACGACACAUAAAUCACAGAAUCGCGCUCAAAAUAAACUGAAUAUCGAUUUUUGUACAAUCGAUAGUAAAUUGUAACGAUAUUUUAGUAUUUCCCAAAUUGUCAUUCAGUAUUAAUUAAUAGGAACAGUGACUAAGAGCUGUUCGUAUCUUCGAGCUCGGGUGUGUAAAUUAAAUAAUGUAGCGUAUAUAAAAUACACAAAUUUUGUACUUUUUUAAAAAAAAACUACUGUUCGUAGUAGUAAUUCUUUAAACUGGCAACACUGUAAAGUGUCACAACGUAUUCAAAAUAAAUUAUCUUACCAAAACUAAACUCUUCCCGUAGCAGCUCCGUUAGCUCCCAGCAUGUCGACGUGCAGAGUCCGGUGGCCGUACUGCUUGUAAGCUCAUGUAUUCGUAUGUAACAUAUAGUAUUGGGGAAUGUGUGCACGGACUUCACACCAGACCUAGUCUAGAUUUAACGAAUGUCCAUUAGAAAAAGAGAAAGAUACAAUUGAAUUACUAGUUUAGGCUUAAAAGUCUGUUACGUAAAGUUAGCAUCCCGACAUCAGUGUUACUGACAUUGUUAAUGACACUGAUGACGAUCGGUACCAAACAAAAAUGAUUCCCAUAGAUCCGUGUGUUUCAUGUAAAUGGGUAGGAGUAAUGUGGGUGUGCGAGCACAGAGCACACGUAUAUUAAGAGUAGUAUAUUAUAAAAGUUAUUAUAUAUUUUUAUACACCGUCCUGGCAACAUUGUUGUUGUCACGCGAGAUUGUCAACUAGUUAAACGAGGAGUGUUAGCAAAAUAGAUCAUUUCAUAAUUAACAUUAAUUAAAUUGAGUGAACCAAAUUAAAACAAAAAGAACGUGGCAAUACUGUGUAUUCGAAAUACUUUCAUAGUUUGAGAUAUAAAUGAUCAAGUGCCUUGUUUAAAUGUCACUAAAUAUCUUUGCUUUAACACUCUUCAAAAUUGGUUGGUUGAAUUGAAUGCCGUGGUGCUUACGUGUUAGAAGGACUCGUCGGGCUAAAGAGGAAAAGUAGAGACUAUCACAGACAAUCUUGGAAACUUUGGUUUCUCUCCGGCAACAUUGACAGUUCGAAGUUGAAUCGAGUACAUGUUUACUGUUUACAGAGAUGAUUCAUCGGGAGACUCUGAACUUUUAAUAUAACUUUUGGCUUUUUAAUGUACUCGCGGCAUUAGAUUUAUAUUUUUAAUGGGAUUCACAUCAUUUAUUAAUUAAAUAAAUCCAAAAAAGCAUACAUUGGUGCGGCCAGACACAGUUUAAUUUCCAACUGUCGAUGUCACAACGCGAUGCAGUCAAAGUUACCGAAGUUGACUGUUAAAUGUAAAUAUUGAUUUUAUUAUUUACUUAAUAGUGAUUAAUUAUUUUAGACCAUGUGCUAUAACCGAAUAAUUUAAUAAAGUCUAUAAUAAUGAGUAAAGGGCAAAGUUCAGAUUUUUUCCAAUUAUAAUACAUUCAGAAAAUCAAUGACCCAACGUGAUGUACGUGGCAACACUGAAUCGGGAGUACCGAGACGGUUUCGUUUGUGUGAUUUGUUUUGUAAAUAACAUCCUAAUUCCGGUUAGUGGGGGGGUAACUUGAGGGUAGUCCGCUCAUUGUCCGCACAGCGUCGACACUGUCAUUGUCACGGUCGGCUGCUGCGAUCAACACACACAAACGUAAACACAUCUCGCAACGUUACUGUACUUAGUUUUGUAUUAAUUCUAAAUUGACUUUUGUAUAUCGUGUGUUUUCAAAGCAUCAUUUGAUUUCGCGUUAGAGAUACGAUUAUUAUUAUUAUUAAUUAAUUAAUUAAUGAUAAAAUGAUAGUUUUGUUGUUUAUUUACUUGAUACGCGGUUGUUUGUGUCGCGCGCGCUGGGACGCCGACGGACCUGCCUACAGCAUCAUCUGUUUCAGCGCCGACACAAAUAUUACAUUACAAACACUCCAAUAUUUACUGUACUUUCCAUAUUAAGAAUAUAUUUCACAUCAAAAUAAUUCAAGAGGGUAGUAGUUUUCCAUUAAUGGGAAAACUAUUAAUUUUUUCCUAAAAAUUUUUCCUUUUUUUAUUACAUUUACAUUUUUGUCGGGAGAAUAAUUUUACUUGAAAAUGUUGUUGCUCAAUUCGUCGUUGGCGUCGCAGCGAGUGGAGGGUGAGAGGGAGGGGAGGGUCGCCCCUUAAUUUAUUUUUAUAAUCAUUUAUAUUAUAGAUUGUAGGAGAUAGGAGCUUCAAGUGUAAUUUAAUAUUUCCCAAUAUUCGUUUUCUCCUUUAGUACUACUAUAUAACUUUGCGUGACGUGGCGUCUCGCGUCCGCUUUGAACAAAAUCCGAAAUAGAAAGAGUAUAGGAUUUUUAAAUGUUAAUUUUAAGUUUACAAGGCAUUCCAUUGAAGCGGUGGCGUUUAGUUGUUGGUGUCCCGUGUGGCAGACGUGCCGUGUGACCGUAAGUGCCAUCCGUUCGCCGCGGGCCGUGGUGGCUCGCCACGUUAGCUCACCCCUUGUCAUUACUCGCUAAAUUAAAUAAAUACCAUGUUGCCUUCGAUCAUUCUUUUUUUUCAAUAAAAUGUUUAAGUAAAAUAAAA